AUGGGUCGGGUUGCCCAGCCAGUCGAGGCCAUGCUGGCUGCAUGCUAUCUGCAGGAAUGCGGUGCCCUGCCGGCUCUGAUGUACCACAACGACCAGAGGCCUUAUCUCACAGCGGAUGAGGCCUUAGAGCAAGUUCUGGACUACGGGCAGCAUUCGAUCCAACUGUGGGCCGAGCCCCAGGUUCAUGCAGACGACGGCAGCUGCGGUGAGGCCCAGAUGACGCCUGUCCAGCUAUUCAGCUCUUGGCUUCGUUGGAUGCAGGAGUUCGUUCUCCAGCCCAUCGUGCCGGGCGCAGGCGUUCCCGACGACUACGGAUCCUUGCCGCUGGAAUCCCGCUACAUCGUGUCGGUGAAAGGGCGGCAGCAGAAGGAGCUCCGACAAGAUGUUGGCUACUGCAAGAAGAACGAUCACUGGACACCUGCCACCAGCCAGGUUUACUUGCUGAUCGAGGAGCCUUUCACCGGUGAGAAUGUCGCUCGUUCCGUGAGGAUGGAUGCGCUGCGCUCCAUUGUCAGUGAGAUCGAGCGCGCUGCGAAUCAACUCAGCGACGCCACGGACGCGAAGUUCAAGGCGCUUCUCGCGCAGCCGCCGCUGAGUCGGCGGCAGCAGCCACCAGAGGGCGUGGGUCUCUUCGGAGUGCACCGAGGUGCCAAGCGUGGCAAGGGCGACUAUGCUCAGGGACCGCCGCAGAAGCGACAGGCGGUUCAGCCGCGAACAGUUCCUGCUUGGCAGCCGCCAAAAGGGAAGGGUCGAUCUCAGUCGUGGAAUUCUGGAUGGGAAUCGAAUCGUUCGGGCGGCUGGCGGAGUUUGCGGGAAGUGUUGCGAACGAAAACGGGCAAAGACUCCAGCUUCGCUCCGGGGCCUUCCUCUCCACUGGCCUCUGGCGCCUUGGCAGCCGCCCUGGCGACGGAUUCUCGAGCUGCAUCAAAGGUAACGGACCUCCACGCAGCCGUGCUGAGGGGCCGCCUGGCUUUGAACGAGACCAUCACAGUCCGGUCGCGCCUUUGCCAGCCCAGCGAGGGCUCGCGGGCGUGGCGGCUGAGUGGCCGCCGCACCGAAGGAGUAGAAGCCUGCACCUUGUUCCACGGUGUCCUUCACGGCACUUUCCAGGGCGAGGUUUGCACGCUGAUUUAUGCUCGUCCUGUGACGCGGUUGCCGCAACAGCUUCUCCUUCAUUCGGUGGCCUUGGGGCACCCUGUCGUGGGAGACAGGCUCCACGACGCAGACCGACGUCUUGAUUUUCGCUUCAGCGGGAAGAUGCCGUCGCAGCGUCUCCUGCUGCACUGCGCCAUUCUGCGCCUACCGGCCUGGCAGGAGGACAUCGCAGUUCCGCACGAUUUCGGAGCUCUGCUGGGGGCCAAGCAUGAAGCUCUGCCCCCUCGGUCUCUGGCUUCCGACCUCAUGUCGGCUGAUGCCGCUGCCGGCUUGACGUCCGAAACAACGCCGCGGGAGGCUUGGGACGACUUUGCAGGAGGCUUGAGCCGGCAGAUCGUGGACGACACGCCUUGGGACUCCCACCCCGUCACACGGCGUGCACCAGGGCCCCCGUUUGGGCCGGCAGAGUGGGAUGAGCGAACGCAGAAGUUCGAAGAGCGCCAGGCGCAGCGAGCGCAGCACGCGGCGGGCUCCGGGCAGUUCCCCCAACAGCGGUAG